AUGACCCUGCAAGGAGCAGCUCAAGAUUGGUUCCACACUCUACCGUCCGCGUCGAUAGGAAACUUCAAGGAGUUGGCCCUCAUCUUCACAAAGGAGUACACCUCCUACAAGACGGUCAGAAAGCAUGCGGACCAUCUAUUCAACCUGCGCAAGAAGCCAGAUGAGUCUCUACGAGACUACCUAAGACGGUUUAAGGCUGAAAAGGCUAACAUCAUAGGAUGCAAUGACCAAGUUGCAUCCUCAGCUUUCAAGAAGGGCUUGCCAACCGAGCACGAGCUAUACCGGGAGCUGGCCAUAACACCAAGUCAAACCUUGGCAGAAGUGUUCGCGACGGCAGAACGCUACGCACUUUGGGACGAUGAUCGAAUCGCCGCAAAGAAAGCCAGCAAGCAAGUUGAUCACCCGACGAAGCAGGCAAGCCAAAAGAGCAACCAGUUCGAGCAAAGAGCCCGAGAUAAGCGCAGAUCGCGGCCCCGAGAGGGAAGCUCAGAAAUAGGGACCUUCACUGAGUUCGCUAUCCCAAUUCAUCAGAUCCUGGCUCAAGUGAAGGACAAGCCGUGGGUGAGGAGACCGCCACCCAUGAAGGGAGACCCCUCUAAGAGGGACACCAGUAAAUACUGCGCAUUCCACGGGGAGCACGGACAUUACACCAACAACUGCAAUGCUUGGAAAAGGCAUCUUGAGGAGCUGAUCGAGGAUCGUGAUGCGGCUGCCAAGGAACCUCCCCAAAAGGUCAUUCGAAUCAACACCAUUCUAGCUGACUCCCGGGAGUCCGGGCUGACCACCAAGGAGCGCAAGAGGAAGAUCGCGCAGGCAACUUAUGUCUCCCAAGUCACAACAGGAGUACCAGUCAUUGUGGAUACACCCAUCAUUGGUUUCCAGAAGAAGGACUUGAUCGGGCUUGACCUACCGCAUAAUGACGCGCUAGUCAUCUGCAUUCAGAUUGAACAAGCUGUGAUCGAGCGAAUUCAUGUGGAUGAGGGCAGCGCAGCUAACAUCCUGCAACUAUCUGUCAUCCAACAGAUGGGAUUGGAGCCCAAGAUUAGCAAACUUGCCAGGUCGCUUACCGGCUUCAAUGGGGCCACAUCAAUCACUGUCGGAACGAUCGACCUUGACGUCCACUCACCCCCAGUGCUCUGCUCGCAAACCUUCAUGGUCAUCAACGAGAUCUCCCCUACAAUGGAAUCUUGGGCCGACCGUGGAUCAGCAAGAUCGAGGCCAUCACAUCUGCUCUACACCAGAAGAUUCGAUACCCAUCCCUGGAGGCGGAAUCGGGCAGAUCAAUAG